AUGGAUGUAUCGGACCUUACCUCGUCAACUCGUGGUGCAUCCAAAUAUCGCCGUGAUCAAAUCAAUUUGGAAAUUCAAAAACUGCGUGAUCUUCUUCCGUUAACGGAUUCGAUGAAGAAACGACUCUUUCAACUACAAGUAAUGUCACUUGCCUGCAUCUAUAUCAGGAAACAAAAUUAUCUACCGUAUGUGAUCGGAAUGGGUAUACAAGCAUCAUUCAGGCCAGCCUUAAAGCAAUCAGAAAGUUUUCGAGUUUUACGAGGCUUCUUACUAAUGAUGACAAAAUAUGGCAAAAUUGUUUACAUAUCUGAUAAUGCAAGCGACUAUCUUGGUCAUUCCGUGGCAGAAAUAAUGUGCCAAGGUGAUUCGGUAUACGACCUGGUCGAUCAUCGUGAUCAUGGCCGUAUACAAGCAGAACUCAUGUCUGGUCCACCAUCAGUUUCAGAUCAAAAUUUUUUUUCCGGUGAAAAAGUUUUCAUUUGUCGCAUGAAUCUAUCACGUACCACAAAAAGACAGGUUCAGUAUCACAAGUACACUAUGAUGGCAGGUCGUUAUCUGCAUGCUAGUGAUUAUUACAAUACACACCAGUCAUUAUCGGCACCGUUAUCACAUAUCCAGCCAUUGUUUGCUGCAUACUGUGAGAUGCUUAUCAAUCCGGAAAAUGUCGAGACGUUAUCUGCCGGAAAUACAUCAAUCUUUAGCACCGUGCAUUCAAUGGACUUAAAAUUUGUGCAUGUUGAUCAUAUGACUGCACACUAUUUGGGUUACAAAAAUGAAGAAUUGGUUGACAAAUCGUGGUAUCAAUUUUUGCAUCUCGAUCAUUUACUUGAAGUUGCUUAUAAACAUCGAAUCUUAUGUCAGCGUAAAGAUGGUGCGGUAAUGUGCUUAUUGCGCUUACAAACAAAAGAUGGUUCGUGGCUUUGGUUGCAUACUGUGUUUACCGUAAAGAAUAAUUUAUGGUAUCAAUCAGAGCAUGGAAAACGAAUGCGACAUCUCAUUUGUAUUACUUAUCAAGUUUUGAAUGAAACAGAAGCACUUUCAUUGCAUGGUAAUUUAUGGAUUUAUGGAAUCCGGAAUGAAUUAAUGCUACCAUUUUUUGAUCGUAUGUCGGAAGUUUAUGAAGAUAGCAAUGCUAAAGAGGAGCAUGUGUCAAAGCAAUAUGCUCCACCGACAUUUGUCUCAUUGUUGACCAUCAAAAAGGAAUCAUUACCCAGUGAUAACAGUGAAUUUAAUCAAUUUGGAGAAAAUUUCAAACAUUUAAAUACGAAUGGACCAAAGAUUAUUGAUUUGAGUUUUGGUAAUGAUGAUGAAAGUAGUGAACUGGAAACUUUACCGGAACUAUGUUUGGAGCGAAGCAUCAAAGGACCGUUACCUGAUCUAAGCGGAGAUCUGGAUGAGUUUUUCGAAGAAAUGGAACAUACUAAAAUGCAAUCAAUCCACCCUUCAACAAUGAUAAAAUUACCGGAAAAUGUGAAACGUAUUAGCGACCAGUUAUCACUCACGUUACCCUUCGACACUUCUCUUAGGCCAAGACCAUGCAACCGUAAAAUGCCAACAAUAGCAAAACUUCUACAAGGACAUUUUGAUGAUGAGGAUAGUUAUGAAAGUAUCCGGAAACGAUCACGGACGGAUGGUUACAUGCAACUGACGGAUAAUUUGGAUGUGCAACCAAUUAUCUAA